AGGAGACGGGCAGCAGCCUUGCCAGGACUCAGGGUGGUGGCAGGUCUCCUUGGGCCAGGACUUGCCAGAGGCUGUCCCUCAAGAAUCCUGGGAGCAGGCAGGGAAUGCUGAGCAGACCAAGCCCUGCCCGGAUGUCCCAUCGGGAAGACACUGUUCCAGGGGGAAUUCACUGGAUCUGCCAACUCUUCCUGACUGGCUUAAUGACUCAGCCGUGGUGUGUCCCUGUCACUCAGAUCCCUUCUUGGCUGCACCUGACGUUGUGAUUCGUGUGAUUGACAAUACCUUUAACAUCUCUGUUCCUGUCCUUGAGCCCAGGCCCUGAGGUGAGGCUGAGAAGUGGCGCAGAGGUGAGCCCAGAGGUGUCCCUGAGGUGAGGCUGAGAAUAAGUGGAAGGCAGAGGUGCUGCUGAGGAAGGAGAGCCCUGUGGUGAGGAAGAAGGCGAAGCUCUGAAUGCCCAUCCCCGAGAAGGUGCUGUGUCCAUCCCCUGUGUGCCAGGAUUUCUCUUUCCCAAAGCUAGGGCGGAUGGAGGAGGAGGCUGCGAGGAAGAGGAAGAUGCCUUGGGCCCCCCAGGCAGGCCCCGAGCUGAGGACGGAGAGCCCGGAGGACAAAUUCCCCUGUGAGACCCUGGUGGGAGAGGUCGUUUUGAAGGGCUCCACGGCGCAGGAAGGCAGCAGGGAGGAAAAGGGCCGGAGAUUCCCCCGCAGGAGGGGCUCCAAAGCCAUCCCAGGGUGCUCUGAGGAGGAAAGAGCCAGCCUGUGCCAGGAAGGCGGCCAGAGCUUGGGGCGGAACUCCAACCUUGUGGUCCCAAAGCCACCCCCCACUAGAAACAAGCCCUUCAAGUGCUUGGAAUGUGGGAAGAGUUUCAGGAAGAGCUCCCACCUGAUCCGACACCAGCACAUCCACAUAGGGAAAAGGCCCUACAUGUGUAGGGAAUGUGGGAAGAGCUUCAGGGACAGCUCCGAUCUCCUCAGCCAUGAGCGCAUCCACACUGGAGAACAUCCCUACAUGUGUGGGGAAUGUGGGAAGAGCUUCAGUGACAGCUCCAACCUCUGCACCUACCAGCACAUCCACACUGGGGAACGGCCCUACUCAUGUGGGGAAUGUGGGAAGAGCUUCAGGCAGAGCUCCACCCUCUGCUCCCACCAGCGCAUCCACACCGGGGAACGGCCCUACAAGUGCUUGGAAUGUGGGAAGAGGUUUAUGACUAGCUCCAAUCUCUACACGCAUGAGCGGAUGCACACUGAUGAGAGGCCCUUCCGCUGCAUCGACUGCGGGAAGGGCUUCAACUGGAACUCCACCCUUGUCAGGCACCGGCGCAUCCACACAGGGGAGGGACCCUACAAGUGUGGGCAGUGUGGGAAGAGCUUCACCCACAGCUACAUUGACCUCACACCAACGGACCCACUGGUAAGGGAAGUCCUACCAGUGCCCUGACUGUGGGAAGAGCUUUGGCCGCUGCUUCCUCCCCAAAUGAACCCCCUGAUGGUGAGGAAACCCCUGGAGUCCAGUGACUGUCAGUCCAUUCCUUUCAACUAGAAAGGGCCAGUCCCCUUUCCCAGGGGCAAGUUCUGCCAACAGAACCCUUCUUGGGGGGUGUGUGGAGAUUCCUGCCUUGUCUGGGGAACCCCCCACGUUCAGUCCUGGAGGUUGAGAGCGUUGGUGUGGGGGAGUUCCAUCCAUCUCUAAUUAAGAAUUAUUGCUUUUAUGCCAGCUUGAGUAGAAUUGCUUCAACAAUUGCUUUAAUGUAGAGCACUGUCCUAUCUUAUUCUGUACUCCUGGUAGUUUUAGUGUUUAUGUUGUGCACUAAAUAAUUCUGAUGAAGAUCUUUUGUCUGAUCAUUUGGAACUCUAAAUAAAUUCCUUUCUAUCAAUA